GAGAGAGAGAGAGAGAGAGAGAAGAAUCGGAGCUCCGCCGUUGUGGACUGUCACACUAUUUCGGGACCGUGAUCCAAAGUGCGCGCGAGAUACGCGCGCGCGCGCGCGGGCACAAAAAAGUAUACACGCGAGGGUCGCGACUGUGUUGUGUAUGUGUGUGUAUGUGAGAGAGUGAGGGCUCCAUCGUCUGUGAUUUUUUUCGUGUGCGCCGGAGAGGUGUUUUCCGUUGACAGUGCGUAUUUGAUGCUCGCUGAAGGGAAGAAAGGAGAAAAAGAAGAAGAAGAAGAAGAAGAAGAAGAGAAAAGGAGGAAGGGAGACCUCGCUCGAAGAGGAAGGUCGCGGCAGCGACUUGCUUGCUUGCUUGCGACACCGCGUGUGUGAGUGUGUGCGUUAUCCAGUCCCCCCCAGCCGUUGGGGUCUCCUAUUGUUUUCCUACGGCGGCUACGUUGAAAAGGACUGGCCACCAAAUGCGCGUACCGCAAAUCCUGUUUCAUGUUGAUGUUCUGGAGCAAACGGACGGUGCUCACUAGACGUCUGCUAAAGGCCAAGGUCCGUGGGGAGCAUGAAACCGAGUGUGAAGCUCAAGAGGAUUCAUCGUCACGUACGUUUCAUCGCACGAGCAGCAGCAACGCGAGCGGCGCCGCCGCCGGCUACGACAACACGGGCAGUAACAACAACAAAGCGACGACGACGGGCCGACAACAAGUGAGCAGGGUUACGGCGCGAGGACCAACGUUGUCGGGGAGCGGCGCGGGGGCAGGAGGUGGUGGAGCGGUGGUCUACGGGGGACGCAACACCGCGGCCAGCAGGUUGCAUCAGGGCUGUUGCGGCGGCGACACGAGUCAGGAUGACGAUGAGGAGCAGCAGCAGCAGCAACAGCAACAGCAGCAGCAGCAGCAGCAGCAACAGCAUGAUCCCAGUCGGUUGCUGAGGUGUAAGGAACUCCUCAAGUCGCUCAAGGAGAAUCAACUGGAGAUGCUGCUCACCGCCGUCGAGAGCUACGGCGCCGACCUAAGCUCCUGCGUUCUCGUGCCGCGUCAGGUCGAGGACUAUCCGUACGAUCAGCAGCACGAGCAGCAGCAAUAUCACGGCAGCAGGCCGCAUCGUCAUCAUACCCGUCAUUUUCAUCAGCGCCGUUAUCGUCAGUAUCGGCACCACCGCUCCAGCAGACAUCAUCGCUCGUCCUCCGUCGAGGACGAUCAGGAGAGCUGCUGUUCCGCGUCGGAGGAUUCCUCCUCCGCGUCGCCGAUGAGAGGAUCGGCGAGAAACGGUAGCGGUGCCGUCGUGCCGAUGAGAGGAUCAGCGGUCGAGAGGAGCACCGGCGCCCCGUGCGACCCGCACCUCCUCUGUUGCCAGAUCUGGCGGUGGCCGGAUCUCGAGCACUCCUCGGAGCUCAAGAGACUACCUAUAUGUCAUUCCGCUAAAGAUCCCGUAUACAUAUGCUGCAACCCUUAUCACUGGAGCCGACUCUGCAGACCCGAGUCGCCACCACCCCCGUAUUGCCUUAUCGCCGAUAGACUGAGACCCGAAGAUUGUGCGCCCAGUGAAGGGGAUCAACGUCGGUGCAGAAACAGCACGCCCCUGCCACUUCCCGGCUCGCUUACCACCAACGGAGAAGGUGAGACAGGACAGAGGGAAUGGUGCACCUUGGCGUAUUGGGAAUUAGGCGGCCGAGUUGGUCGUUUGUAUCCCGUGGAACCAUCGACAGUGAACGUCUUCGACUCUCUUCAUGAUGGCGACGGUCUCUGUUUAGCGACUCUGGUUGAAAAUCACAAUGCUCCGCCCGCAGUCCAGCGUACGCGCAGCAAAAUCGGCCUUGGGCUAACGCUCAGUCAGGAAGCGGACGGUGUAUGGGCGUACAAUCGGUCGGAGAGCCCAAUCUUCGUAAACUCGCCCACCCUGGACGAUCCGGAAUCGAGGACGUUAUUGGUUUACCGGGUGCCACCGGGUUUCUGUCUCAACAUCUUUGACCGCGCCAAGAUCAUGCAGCUUCCAUACGGCGUCGAUGCUAUUCUCGAAAUUCGUGUGAGAAUUUCCGACAGAGGAAGCGCAGAGAGUCGGGCUUCCGGUAGGUCUAGUCACUUGCGUUUAUGGUCUACGCGCGCUAGCUCGCGAAUCGCGCGCGUGGAUUCUGAAUUCAACAUGGCAGGGAAAAUUCUUAGUCUCGUAAAGAUGAAGCAUGAAGCAAAGAGUAACAUCGACGAAACAGAGAGGAUAAACAGUACGUAG